AUGCCAUCACACGCUACGCAAGGCGGGAAGCCAUUUGGCACCCAGCGUCUGUAUAACAUAGCCAAUCAGCAUGCCUUGGUAAUCGACUUCCCAGCUGUAUACAUCGCAGCGCGGUGGACAUUGGCAAAGGGUCUCUUGGAGCAAGGCCUAACCCCUGGCGACAUUCAACUCAUCCGGGGACUUGAUCGGGGCGGUUCAUCACUGUCAGAAGAGGAUUUGACUGGAAUCUUGCUGCAGUGGGCGAGUCUGCGCUUCACCUCGAGCAUAAGAGUACUGCCACUUUUGGCCAAGAAAUGCUGGCAUGUUGCGCAUCUGAUGGACAUUCUUCUUCAGUUGACGGCUCUGAGACACUCCCUGUCAACAAACCAACAAGUCGUACCCACAAGAUGCUUAUCGAAUAACCUCACACCUUUUCGAGACGGACCACAGAGCUCUGUGGCACUGUCAGACGCAGAUGCAGAACUCCCCUGUUUCGUUUUGCAAUCCACCAGACUUAGGUACAUGUUUGAGAUUCCCAGCGCCAUGGAAACGCUGGAGCAACACUUCAGAAAGCCUGACACACUCAAAAAAAAAAAACCGGCGCAGAACACCUUCGUGCCCUAA